GUACGUUGAGUUGGUGUUUUUCACAGAGAAAGAAGAGACUAUAAAAGGCGAGGAAAGAGGAAGAGAACAAGUGAUAAAUAUCGUGGUGAGUGUUGAGCCAAACCAUCACCGACCCAUCUCUGCAGAAAGAGAGAGAGAGACACAGCGGCAGAGCUCUUCGACAAUUCUAUAACAGAAACCCCACGAUCCCCAACCUCAAACCCCUCUCUCUCUUCGACUGGCUCGCUCCUUUUUCACUCACUCACUUCGCUAAUUGAUUCGAUCUUUGUCAAUUUUGAUUCUUGAUUGAUUCCUCUUCCGUUUUCUAAUGAAAAAGAGAGCUAGAAUCACUCCCGAUAAGGCGGUGCCCAAUGUUUGGCAACGGGAGGUUGGUGAGCUUUCCACUAGGAGUUUCGCUCACCGUCUCGCUGCUUCUGAGGAUCUUGUACUGAGACUUGAAAUAUACAAGAAGCUAGAGAAGCACAGAGGUUGUGUAAAUACCGUAAGCUUCAAUGCUGAUGGUGACGUUCUGGUGUCAGGUUCUGAUGACAGGCGGGUCAUACUCUGGGACUGGGAAACUGGCCGUAUCAAGCUUUCUUUCCAUUCUGGUCAUAAUAACAAUGUUUUUCAAGCCAAAAUAAUGCCUUACACAGAUGAUCGAAGCAUUGUUACUUGUGCUGCAGAUGGUCAGGUUCGACGUGCUCAGAUUCUGGAGCACACGGUGGAGACUGCAUUGCUAGCAAAACACCAAGGGCGAGCUCAUAAGUUGGCUAUUGAGCCUGGGAGCCCUCAUAUAUUUUAUACUUGUGGCGAGGAUGGAUUGGUUCAACAUUUUGAUCUGAGAACUAGGCGUGCGACAGAACUUUUCACUUGCCAACCAAUUGAGGAUAGGAAGAAUUACACGCCAGUUGUCCAUCUAAAUGCAAUUUCAAUUGAUCCACGAAACCCAAAUCUCUUUGCAGUUGCGGGGACAGAUGAGUAUACUCGAGUAUAUGAUGUCCGCAUGUAUAAGUGGGAUGGGUCAACUGAAUUUGGUCGACCUACAGAUUACUUUUGUCCUCCGCAUUUGAUUGGUGAUGAGCAAGUUGGAAUAACAGGCUUAUCAUUCUCAGACCAGAGCGAGCUUCUAGUCUCAUAUAAUGAUGAGUUCAUCUACCUUUUCACCCGUGACAUGGGAUUGGGUCUCAAUCCAGACCUAUCCUCUUCAGUUUGCAGCGAUGCUAGUGAAAUGGGGCCUGUGGAUGCUGAUGGAAAACCCACUCCCCAGGUAUACAAAGGACAUCGAAAUUGUGAGACUGUGAAAGGGGUGAGCUUCUUUGGGCCUGGAUGCGAGUACGUGGUGAGUGGGUCAGACUGUGGUAGAAUAUUCAUUUGGAAGAAAAAGGGUGGGGAGCUCAUUCGUGUCAUGGAAGCAGAUAAGCAUGUUGUGAACUGCAUUGAACCUCAUCCUCAUAUCACUGGGCUUGCUAGUAGUGGAAUUGAGACUGAUAUAAAGAUAUGGACUCCAAAAGCCUUUGAGAGGGCUACUUUGCCUGCAAACAUUGAAAAGGUUCUGAGGUUUGAUCGCAUUCCUUGGUUUGGUGAUGAGGAUGAUGACAACGAUGAUGAUUAUUUCUCUGAUGAUGAAGAUGAUGAUGAUGGCAAUGACGAUGAUGAUGAUGACAAUGAUGACGACGAUGAUGAUGAUGAUGAUGGCAAUGAUGAUGAUGCUAAUGACAGUGGUGGUGAUGCUGAUGAUGACACUGACGAUGAUUAUAAUGAUGAUGAUUGCGAUGGGGAUAUUGAUAAUUUUGUUGACGGUUAUGAUGAUGCAAAUGAUGAUUCUGAUUUACACUUUCUGUGUUCAGCUGAAACCGAAGGCUAGGGGCUGGAUGUACCAUGUGGCUUCACCAGAGGACCUGAUGUUGCAACUAUUUUCAUUGCCAAGGCUGACAAGCGGCGCAGAGCGGAAUGGAGAGAGCGCAGCUUCUGGUAGAGAACUUUUAGAGCUUAUAUUGACAUUCAAUGCCAACAGUGAUUCAGAUGAUGGAGGGGAUCCAUCAAGUCCUGAUCAGUUGUUUGGCUAGGAGAUUAUUUGUCUGCCUCUUUGGUCAAUGAGAACCAUAUAGCAAUUGUACAUAACAUAGGGUUAAGUAAAACAAUAUCUUGUGGAGCCUCAAAAAUUUUUAAUGCCCAAGUGGCUCUUUAAUGCAAGUUUUUUUUUCCCUCA